AUGUCCGUCUCGAAAUUAGAACAAUUAGCAAAUGAAAUUAUGUACACAAUUUUUGAUUAUCUUGAUGGUUUUCAUCUCAUAUUUGCAUUUCGUGGACUUAAUUCUCGUUUCACUUCUCUUAUAAAUCAUAUGCUUCUUCAUAUCAAUACAAGAUACUGUCGAAAAGUUGAUUUUAACUAUUUCUUCGAUAGUAUUUUUCCAUUUACUACCAAUGUCUUUUCUUUAACAAUAUCAAACACAAAUCAUCUCGGUCCAAUUGAAAUAUUUAUCAAGCGAUAUCUUGAUUUAAUUCCACAUAAUCAACUUAAUCAUCUAAAAUUUAUAGAUAUUGAUCAGGAAGCAUUGAAUAUAUUUCUAAAAACUGUAUUUUCAAAACUUACUCAACUUGUUUCAUUAAAUAUUACGAGUUCGUUAACAGAAUUCCGUUAUAAUUCAGUACGAGAAAUUAUGAAUGUAUCACUACCAGCAUUUAAAUAUCUUUCAUUAUCAAUUAAACAAUAUUCAUAUUAUCCGUUUGCUCCAAUUUUCAAUAAAUAUAUGCUUAUACAUCGAAUGGAAUCAAUACUAUCAACUGUUACACAUUUGUCUUUAGGAUAUUCUCCACAAGAUAUAACUAGAUUAAUUGAUAUAUUUGACAAGUUGAACAAAAUCGAAUACUUUCAAAUUACACUCGAUAUCGAUGAUGAAAUUGCUUGUGCUAUUGGAGGUCCUUUCAUAUUUAAUUCUCAAUUGAUUAGAGAUCAAGGACAACAUCUACGAUCAUUUAUUAUUCAAAUUGGAUAUCAUAUAUUAUUUGCAGAAAUUGCAUCAUUAUUAACUCAUUUUCCACAAUUACAAAUAUUAUCAUUAGCAACAUCAGUAUUUACACGUGACAUUCAAUUUUAUGAUGGUCAACAACAGGAACAAUUAAUACAAACGUCACUUCUUCGUUUGACUUCAUUUCGUUUGUAUAUCUUCGCAGACAAUCUUUCUUCCGGUCCUAUUCUACAUGAUAUUAUCAAUCGAUUUCGUACUUCAUUCUGGUUAAAUGAAAAAAAUGCAUGGGAUAAUACUCUACCUUCACUCAACUUAUCGACAUUUGAUUGUAUUACUCGUCUUAAAUUAUAUAUCACUAAUGUUAAAUCAAUUAAAAUUUCAGCAUGGCCAAAGCGUAUAACAGAACCAAAGUUGUGCUUUAUUUGUAAUGAUGACAAUAAUGAAAGAAGUGAAUGUUUUCAACCCAAUAAUAGUUCUUGUAAUAACAAUGGACAAAUAAAAUGUGCAAUGAGCCAUCCAAUGGAACGAUGUUAUUCAAAGACAGUACAACUUCUUGGUAGAGCUGCCCGUGUGCAACGUGGAACUCAAUUAACUACUGAGUGUUAUAAUUAUAUAAAUGACUGUGACACAUCUUACAUAGCUGGUCAAGCUUAUUCAAAAGAAUGUUGUUGCAAUGAACAUUAUUGUAAUGCUCGAUGA